AUGCUGUGCAACAAAAGUCAAUCCCCACUUAUCGCCCUUAUAGAACAAAUUGGCGGAGAAAGCCAACUCUACAAUUUGAUCAUGACGUUUAGUGAAAGCGCCUUGCAAGAUCUUGAUCUCGAAGUUGCCUUAAAGGGAAUGGAUGCUGAGGAACUGGCCGAUCAAAUUACCAAUCUCAUCAAGAGGGUCUUCGGAUACAAGCUCAAGUCCAGCCUGGUCAACAGCACCAUCCGCAACCAAAUUCUCAUGACAAACUACGCUCUCUUCGAACUUGGAUUAAGUCGUUUUCAAUUGCGAAAGUUGCAACUUCACUUCGCGGCCGCCCUGCGGGAUUCCAUGGUCGAAGGAGAAGUUUUUGGAAUGUGCAGGGAUCGUUUCGCCGAAAUUUGCAAGAUGUUUGACGAAGAGAACAAAGGCCCUGCACAAAGGUCGACUGCCAUGUCCAUUGAUCCAGCAAGAAUCAUGAUGGUUCGAGCUGCCUCUUCUCGCAGUUUGGAAAGAGCUGCUUCCUCUCGCAGUUUGAAUCGAGCUGAAUCCUCUCGCAGUCUGAACCGAGCUGCAUCCUCUCGCAGUUUAGUUUCUCAAGCUACUACAGUAGAGACCAAAGACCAGAAAGGACGCCUUCAACGUAGCUCUUCUUCCAGGUCGAUCCUCGAUGAUCGAGCAAAGAUCCUGAUGGCUCGAGCUGCCUCCAACCGCCGUUUGCUUCCCAAAGCUGCGUAA